GCAAAGUUAGACAUUGUAUGAGAUACUGAUGGCGGACUUUCGCUGCCGGUGAAGACUUCACGUUUCAUUAAGAUCGUUCAAACAACCGCAAUGUCCUCUAAGAGUACAGAUUCGAGGCAGAGGUAUUACAAAAACAAAGACAAAGAUCAAUCGGCACUAAGACAAAGGAGGAAUGAAGUCACAAUAGAGCUAAGAAAGGCCAAAAGAGAUGACUGUGUUCAAAAGAAGAGAAAUGUCCCACAGGAUAUUGUGGAUGAUAAAGAGGAUCACCUACAGGGAAAGAGUCUGCAGAGUAUUGUUGUGAAUGCAAGUAGUCAAGACCCCAAAGAGCAACUUGGUGCUGUACAAGCAGCAAGGAAACUACUUUCUAAAGAUCGCAAUCCUCCCAUUGAUGAACUGAUAGAGUCUGGCAUUCUCCCAGUUCUUGUAAAAUGCCUUGAAAGAGAUGACAACCCUUCUCUUCAGUUUGAAGCUGCUUGGGCUUUAACCAACAUAGCGUCAGGUACAUCAGAACAAACAAAGGCUGUAGUGAAAGCUGAUGCUGUUAAGUACUUCAUGAAGUUACUUGGUUCUCCACAUCAGAAUGUGUGUGAGCAAGCAGUUUGGGCACUAGGGAACAUUAUUGGUGAUGGUCCCAAUUUAAGAGAUUUUGUCAUUAACCAUGGAGUAGUGGCUCCACUGCUGAAGUUUGUUAACCCAAAUGUUCCUAUCAGUUUCUUGAGAAAUGUGACAUGGGUGAUUGUUAAUCUGUGUAGAAACAAAGAACCACCACCCCCAAUGGAAACAAUUCAAGAGGUUCUUCCUGCACUAGCUCUCCUCAUUCAUCACCCAGAUCUAAAUAUCUUAGUUGACACAGUCUGGGCAUUGUCUUAUCUCACAGAUGGCGGUAAUCACCAAAUUCAGGAAGUUAUUGAUAAUGGAGUUGUUCCAUCCCUUAUACCCCUAUUGAGCCAUGGUGAAAUAAAACUACAGACUGCAGCAUUACGAGCAGUGGGAAACAUUGUCACUGGGACCGAUGAACAGACUCAAGUUGUCCUAAACCAUGACGCCCUGAGCCACUUCCCAGCGUUACUUAAUCACCACAAGGAGAAAGUAAAAAAGGAGGCAGUUUGGUUUUUGUCCAACAUAACAGCUGGCAAUCAGACGCAAGUUCAGGAAAUUAUUAAUGCAGGGCUUGUACCACUGAUUAUUCAAACUUUGGAAACGGGCGAAUUUCUGACGCAGAAGGAGGCAGCAUGGGCGAUUAGUAAUUUUACAGUGAGCGGCAACCCUCAACAGGUAGCAGUCCUAGUAAACUGUGGUGCGAUUCCUCCAUUCUGCAAGUUGUUGGAUUGCAUGGAUACCCAGGUCGUCCAGAUUGUGUUGGAUGGUUUAAAUAAUAUCUUAAAGAUGGCAGGGGACAGGUCUGAUGCUAUCGCAACCAUUAUAGAAGAAGCUGGAGGUUUGGAUAAGAUUGAAUUCCUCCAGCAACACGAAAAUGAAGAAAUCUACAAACUCGCUUUUGGAAUAAUAGAUCAGUACUUUUCUAAUGAGGGUGACAACGGUGACGAAGAUUUAGCUCCAACAGAAGUGGAUGGCCAGUUCGAGUUUCAAGCUAAAGAUAAUCUUCCUCCCGGUGGCUUCAAAUUCUGCUAGGCGGCGAUUUCCAACCUUCUACUCGAAAUCUUCCCAAAGAAUGAAGUCGUGGGGGCGUGCGUGGAGGCAUGCGUGCGUGUGAGCGAGCGUGCGAGACGACGCGCGAGAGUGCGAGCGAGAAAACGCGCGAGAGUGCGAGAGAACAAAUCAUGACAGAGAGAGAUCACUUUCGAAAUAAGAGAAUGAACGGAGAGGGCUUGUGAGGGAGUGCGUGAAAUAUGGAAUUGUCUUCUGCAGUAACUCUGUCGCCUAAUCACAAGCGAGGAGACCGUUUCACCAAAGUAAUUUAAUUAGAAGAAUUUCAUCUUGUCAGCAUAUGGCGGUAAUUACUGGCCGCCACCGCUUGACUUUCCCACCGGGUCCAAGCAACAGGAUGAUGCCCCAUUGGAAUGUGUUGGAAUCAUAGGCGGGUGAUAUUACUCGUACUGCCUUGCUAAUAGUAAAAGGAGGCAGAGUAAAUAAGGCUAACCAGAGGAUUUUUUAAAGAAUUACAUCCAUAUGUAUUUAGUGCGAGGAUCAAGAGUCCCACGCUAACAAGUGAGAAGAGAAGAAGUGUUAAGAAAAGAAUCAUCCUGUCUAGGAUUAGUUUCUUUCUUGUUUAGCCAUGGAAGGAACAAACUGAAUGUUACGGUGGACAAUCAUUUUGCCCGAACUUUUAAAAUUUUUCGUUUGAUUUGUUUUGUAUAGAUUUGGAGAUGCCAAAAUGCUAUUAUGUUUAACCACCGUUGUUUUGUAAUUUUGUGCGGUUUUAGAGGAAGAAAUUUUCUCCUUUCCUUUCUGUCUUUUAUCUCAUUCUUAUGAUAAAUUACUGGAAUAUGUUUUGUAAUUCUACGAAAGAUGGAUCAUUGUAUAGUACCGAAUUUUAUUAGUAAAUUUUACC